GUGCCGAACAGAGCCGGUUUUGGGGAUGUGUCUCUUGCUGGGGGCUCCCGGCGUUGGGAAGACGCUGUUGGUGAAACGCCUACAAAAGCUGAGCUCUCGGGAUGGCACGGGCGACCUGGGGGAGCCUCCGCCGACGCGGCCCACGGUGGGCACCAACCUUACCGACAUCGGGGCCCAGAAAAAGAUCACCAUUCGGGAGCUUGGGGGUUGCAUGGGUCCCAUCUGGUCCAGUUACUACGGAAACUGCCAUUCGCUCCUGUUCAUGAUCGAUGCCUCAAAUCCCACUCAGCUCUCUGCAUCCUGUGCACAUCUCUUGGGUCUCCUUUCUGCUGAACAACUUGCAAAAGCAUCAGUCCUGAUACUCUUCAAUAAAAUUGACCUACCCUGUUAUAUGACCAUGGAGGAAAUUAAGUCAUUAAUCAGGCUCCCAGACAUCAUUGCAUGUGCCAAGCAGAACAUCACCACAGCAGAAAUCAGUGCCAGGAAAGGUACUGGCUUGGCCAGAGUGCUGCGCUGGCUCCAGGACCAGCACAGAACCAGCAGUUGAUUACAAGAUGGAGAAAUGUGGCUGGCCCAUCUGGUAACCAGGAGGCAGAAGACAGAAUUGAUGGACUCCAGUGAUUUGUCCUAGUGGAGCAGAAUGACCCAGCAUAGUCCUACAUGAUAGGGAUCUGUGCUGAGAUGCAGUGAUGGGUAAAAGAGGUCCCCAGAACACAGAAGCUCCUAAAACCUAACCUCUGAAGGAGAAGACUGUUCCCAGGGCUGGGAGAGGAGGACAGAUCUGCAGGUGGCUUGGUGUCUUGCUGCCAUCUUAGGAUGUUGCUACCAAGACUUUCCCCUCUCACCAAGAAGUCCACCGGACUUGAGCUGAGGUGUUUGAACUGCACAGUGCCAUGGAGACCUGGUCUCUUGCCUUUUAUAUGUGCUGCAGCCUGUUUGAGCUUGCCCUGACCAUGACCCCCCGGGCAAUGGAAGGUGGAUGAAAUGAACAUAAGAGUAAGGGCCAUAUCUACAGUCCUACCUACUAGGGAGGCUAGGAAGAAGGAUCACUUGAACCUGGAAGUUUGAAGCCAGGUUGGGCAACAUAGGACGACCCUAUCUGAAAAAUUAAAAUUAAAAAAAAAAAAGCUGGCAUUUUCAUUGGUUUAUUAGGUAAGUGGGUAUUGCUCUGAGGCAUCCACUGGAUGCAUAGAUUCCCAC